UGACAGCUUUUUCCUCGCGACAAAAAUGGCGGCUCCUUUAACUCUCCUGCUGAUAGUGGCUGUUACAAUAAGAGCCGUUUUAUUCCGAUCCAGCUUGGCAGAAAUAAUUUCAGAGAGGGUCGAGGUGGUGUCGCCUUUGAAUGCGUGGAAGCGAGUUGUAGAGGGUCUUGCCUUGUUGGAUCUGGGGGUCUCGCCUUACUCAGGAGAUGUGUUUCAUGAAACACCCCUUAUGAUAUACCUCUUUCAUUUUAUGGUCGACUAUGCAGAGAUUGUUUUUAUAAUAGCAGAUGGAAUCACAGCGGUGACUCUUUAUUUCUCAAUUCAGACUUAUAACAAGAACGUGUUUAGGAAACAGAAGUAUGCCUUGGAAUCGGACCGGUAUCCCGCCGACUGUUUGGAGCUCCUCCGAUCUCCGAAGGAAAUGUUCUACGUCCCCCUCAAGGUUGCCAUGUUUUAUCUCUUAAACCCCUUCACCAUCCUGUCUUGUGUGGCAAAGUCAACCUGUGGACUGAACAAUGCCAUUAUUGCUCUCUUCAUUUUCUGUACAUUAAAAGGUAGUGCCUUGUUGAGUGGGAUAUUGUUGGCCUUGGCUACAUAUCAGUCCAUCUAUCCCCUGACCCUGUUUGCUCCCGCACUUCUAUUCUUCCUGCAGAGGUUAUAUAUCCCGGUGAACCUGAGGAGGAGCAGUUUCUGGUUCUUCACUCUUCAGUAUGCGUUCAUAUAUGUGGGCAGUUUGGUGGUGAUCACUGGACUCUCUUUCUUCCUCCUAGGCUCCUGGGACUUCAUCCCUUCCGUCUAUGGAUUCAUAUUUUCUGUUCCAGACCUGACUCCAAACAUCGGACUCUUCUGGUACUUCUUUGCAGAGAUGUUUGAGCAUUUCCGCCUCUUCUUCAUCUGCGUCUUUCAGAUCAAUGUCUUUUUUUACACCAUCCCGCUCUCCAUCAAGCUCAAGGAGCAUCCAGUGUUCCUCAUCUUCAUGCAGAUUGCCAUCAUCUCCAUCUUUAAGUCGUACCCUACUGUGGGAGACGUCGCCCUCUACAUGGCAUUUUUGCCAGCCUGGAGUCACCUUUACCGAUUUUUGAGGAACAUCUUUCUGGUGUCGUGCGUGCUGUUGGCAUGCUCCGCUCUUUUCCCUGUUCUCUGGCAUCUGUGGAUAUACGCUGGCAGUGCUAACUCUAAUUUCUACUAUGCCAUCACGUUGCUCUUCAACUUUGGACAGAUCCUCCUGGUAUCGGACUAUUUCUACGCCUACCUGCGUCGAGAACAUCACCUGACACACGGCCUCUAUCUGAAGAAGAAAGACGGCACUGAAGCCACUCUAGUGUUAAAGUGACCUUCUUUCGCAGGACUCGGAGAUCUCACGGACUGCCUCACACCCUCAUAUAUUAGUUUUUUCCCCAUUCACACUACGUUUUUUUUUUUUUUUAUUCUCUCACCUCAAUAUGCCUUUUUUGCAUUUUUUCCCCAGUUACUUUCCUUUUGCACAUUUGAGCGCUUUACCUCACGUUUGAAUGUUGGACCAAAGCGGUUUUGUACCAGACUUUUUCUGAUAAUGGGGGCUGACUAAAGGUGAUACAGAACUUUACCAUUUUGGCUCCCAUGAGGUGGGUGCAAAGUGAUUUUCGCUUUUGAUUUGCUUGUCUUUCAUUGUUUCAAAGGAUUUAUUUUUCUUAUUAAACUCCAUUGGAAAAAAGUGAGGUUGUUUGGCUGGAGUGCAGUUUGAAGUCGUGGUCAGAAGAGGGCAUAACGUGAAUGUGGAGUGAUCGCCUAAGCGUCGACUUCAGAGGGCCAAAACCGAAGACCCUUCGGCAUGUUUGUGGACGUUUUUAUCAGAGAGUGAAGAGGUGGAGAUGUUCAAAUGCUCAUGUUGGUUUUUUUAACCGCUCUUAAUAAUGCAAGAGGAGUAAGAGUUGCUUAAAUAUUUAGAUUCGGUACUUUUUUGUUUGUUUGUGUUCUUACAAAAUAAGGGAUUAAACUGCACUGCAAAUGUAUUUAUAAAUUGGCCCUGGUUUGAAUUGGGUUUAUCGUUAUGCUUUAUGAUUUCUUUGGCGUUACGAAUUAACAGCCUGGAUUUACUCUGCUCCGUGCUGUUUAUCUAACACCAGGACAUGUCAACCUAUCUACUGCACACCUGUAUAAUCCCUCCCUCUGGUGGGUAGACCUUCUUUCUAGUGCUUAGAUGGUGGAAUUUUCCAUUGCCUGUAUUGUUUCCAGACUUUUCUAAUAGUCCGCCCUUUGGUCAGGUAAGAAGACGCAAACAUCCGGGUGGCUUUGAUAAUGAGGUCAGCUGUUUCAAAUUCUAGCGUGCGGAAGUCAUCUCUAAAGUCAUAAGGAUGUAGAUGCUGAAGGUUUACAUACAUAUGCUUGCCAUUUUAUUUCUACAUGCACUGACUCUCUACAUUGUUGACCUUAAAUUACAUUUAUAAAGGAUUUCCUAAAAUUUGCGGUUAAAUGUUAAACUAACAAUUACAGUAUUUUAUAUCAUGAUGUAUAUUAACCAAGAGACUGUUAGCGGGGGAAAAAAUACAUUACUCUGAUACUAAAUUUAAGAUAAAACAUUUUCUGUUUGCUUCUCUCACAUUGGCAGAAAAACAAGAUAAAAAACAUCAGUAAACAAAUGUUUUAUAUUCUGUACAAUUUUAAAGUAAAUUUAUUUUGUUUCGACACAGUUAAGAUAUUGUUUCUGGACAGAAAGACUGAUUCAGACAUUUUUUUUGGUAGUAUAAUACACAACCUUUUGAUCGAAACUAUGACUUCGAGCAUUUUGAGCAGUUGUUGUACUAGCCAGUACCAUUUCCUUUCUUUCAAUCCUCAUGGGAAUUAUUUAUUGUUUUUUUUUUUAUUAUUAUUAUUAAUUUUUCUACUCUGUUUUACUUUGAACGAUCAACAGACUAAAGUUCAUAAAUGUGCUUUUUGAUAUCAGGUUAGAAACAUUUGAAUGGCCUGAAAAAUGUGAAUAUGUCUGUGGUUGGUACGAUUAAGGGCUUCUCUCCUGCACAUAUUUGAGAUGGGACUGCAGGGAAUGUUUUUCUUAAGUUGGUGAUUAAAUAAAAUGUAACCUACCAGCGAUUCAGAAAUGCGCACACUGAAGUAUUACGCAUUACUUGACCUCUUUUUCACAUUAAGCUGGUUCCCCUUUGAGCCUGAAAGGAAAGCGUGGGCCAUUUUGGAUGUCAUAACACUGAUUUGAAAUGAUUUAUAAAUUAUGUGGUGAUUAAAUGCCAAUAAAGAUUAUUUCUAAGUUGU